GUUUUAAGUCGUUUGAAUGAAAUGUCACGAAUAGUUUUCGUGUUAGCCAAUUGUUGCCACCAGAUGGCUUUUUAUUCCACAAUUCACAUCAUGAUUUGGCAUUGGAAACGAGUACACGUCAAAAGAAAAAUAUUAUCACGAACAUUGUCUGCAUUAUUAUAUACAUAUAUUUCAUCUUUUUUGUUUUGUUAAAAAUUAGAAUCGAUUAGAAUCAAAUAAAAUCGUUAGUUUUUAGUUUAAAAAAGAUACCAUUAGUUUACAGUUUACCAAAAAAAAAAAAAAAUUGGCAAUUCAAAAUAAUAGCCAAAUAAAAUUAUUUUACAAACAUCAAAUCGAUAAAUUGACUGUGGCAAAUAUUGCGAAACUAUUUGAACGAGGCAAAAUAUUAAAUAAACUAAGAACAUAGAAUGGCAAGUACAAGUGGACCAUCCAAAACCGAUAUUGAAGCAGUUUUCCAUCGGCUGCGUGCACAACCCACCAACAAGACAUGUUUCGAUUGCAGUGCAAAAAAUCCGACAUGGUCGUCGGUGACCUACGGUGUGUUUAUAUGCAUUGAUUGUUCAGCAGUCCAUCGGAAUCUGGGCGUUCAUUUGACGUUUGUUCGAUCAACAAAUUUAGAUACAAACUGGACAUGGAUUCAAUUGAGGCAAAUGCAAUUGGGUGGCAAUGCAAAAGCUGCCCAAUUCUUUCGGCAACAUAAUUGCAUUACAACCGAUGCACAGCAAAAGUACAAUUCACGUGCCGCUACGCUGUAUCGUGAAAAAUUAAGCAAUCUUGCUCAGCAGGCUAUGAAACAGCAUGGCACUACACUGUUCUUGGAUUCUCAUGACCAUGACGAAAGUAAUAAUAAGAAGGCAGAAGAGGAAGAUUUCUUUGCCGACUGUGAAAAUGACCUAAAUGGUUUUUCACAAAACAAUAAUUUUGUUAGUUCCAGUGAAACAGCUGAAACCAAGAUCGUUCCAAAAAAAGAAGAAAUCAAACCGAAGUUAGAUCAAGCUUCAACGGGUGCACCGAGCGUUGAUUUUUUAAAUUCAAGUGUUCCAGUCGAAGCGCCAAAAUCCACAAUCGGAAUCCGAAAAGUGCAGCCAAGGCGAGGGUUGGGUGCUGGUAAAAAAGGUGCUCUUGGAGCGACAAAGGUGAAAACCAACUUUGCCGAUUUGGAAAAUCAAGCCAAUUUGGCGGAUCAACAAAAAGUGCCUGAAAAGAAGCUGACGGAAGAAGAGCAGGCUGACACAAUUAACAGUGUUCGGUUGGCAUACCAAGAUCUAUCGUUGAAAGCUCAAAAGCAAGAGGAAAAACUGAAACACAUCGAUCCAACGAAAGCCAAGCAAAUGGAACGUCUUGGAAUGGGCUUUAAUUUACGUGGAAAUGUGUCACAUUCCGUGCUCAAUGACAUGAAAACGAUUGCACAAGAGCCAACGCCAAAAUUCACGACAAAAAUAUUUGAAAAAGAGCCAAAAGAUGAUUUCUUCGAUGAUUACUCGGCCAUGUAUUCGUCGCCGAAAUCACAUGACCGCGAUUUAGCAAUGAUGGGAUUUGAAACAAUUGAACCAAUCCAUUCCAGUGUAACUAGCAUGUUCAAUGCGCCAUCCCCUACAUCGCCCAAUCGAAACAAUAAUUCAAAUGUGCGUAGCAGCAACAGCAGCAGCAAUAGCAUCAGUAACAGCAACAAUAAAACCACCGCAGAUAAGACAUCAUAUAAUACAUAUGAGAAUACCGAUGCACAGAAAAAAUUUGGUGCCAGUGCGAAGAGCAUAUCAUCCGAUCAAUUCUUUGGACACGAAACAUCAUCUUUCGAGCGUUCGGCAAAUUUGGCCAAAUUUCAAGGCUCAAACAGUAUCUCAUCGGCCGAAUACUUUGGUGACAAUAUAAGCAAUGCUUCCAGUCGAGGUCUGAGUGAUAUUCAUUACAGCGGUCCGGAUUUAGAAGAUGUACGUGAAAGUGUUCGCAACGGGGUUACAAAGGUUGCUGGGCGUUUGAGCUCAACUUUCAGCGGUAUGAUGUCUUCAUUGCAAGACAAAUAUGGCGGUUAAUUGGCAACAACCGAUGAAUUAUACCUAGUAUAGUGAUAUGGAUUUUAGCAAGAAAUGAAUUAUAGUUUUUCAGCGAUAGGAGUGACAUAAACACAACAAAUAUCAACGACGAACAUAAUCUAAGGCAAAUCUAUACUUCAUUUUUUCCCCACUCACAAUCAUUCUAUACUACAAAAUCUUUUCGGAAUUAUUGUUUUCAAUUUUGGAAAAUGUUGUUUUUGUUCCUUUUUCUUCCUCCUUCCCUUUUGAUAAUUUUUCCAAAAUUUAAAUUUAGAAGAGAUUGAUAUAUAUACAUACAGGGCGGACCAAAAUAACUGUCGGUUUUAUUUUUGGUUUAUGGAAUUUACAUUUUUUAAACAUAAUUGAGUUUGGUAGAUGCUAUAGCAAUAUAUAAAAUUCAAUGCAAAAACGUAUUUAAAUAGUCAGUCAAAAAGAUGGUAAAAAUUCUGACCACAUCCACCAAAUACAAAAAUAAGUAAUUGAUUAUAUUGAAAAAUGUGUGGUUUACAUUUGAAAAGAAAAACUCACACUUGUUCUGGCCCACCCUGUAUAAAACUCCAAGCUAAUUUCAAUGAAUAAAAUGAAGAAGUCAACGAAGCAAACAAA